AUGGGGUUUCGUUCAGUAACGAACUUCUUCCUUGGGGAAGAACUCAGGUCCCGUAUUCUGACAGAUGUGGAGAUGCUAAACCGGAGUGGCAAGUUUAGGGAUGGUCAGCUUGUCAGCCAAAGGACUAUCCCCUCUAAAAACAUUAGGGGAGACCAGAUAGCAUGGGUGGAAGGGAAGGAACCUGGCUGUGAAAAUAUUGGGAUCCUUUUGUCUAAAAUUGACGAACUUAUCAUGUACUGUGCCAACAAACUUGGAAGCUAUAUCAUCAAUGGGAGGACUAAGGCCAUGGUUGCAUGCUAUCCUGGUAAUGGAACAGGGUACGUACGUCAUGUGGACAACCCAAACCGGGAUGGGCGCUGCAUUACCUGUAUUUAUUACUUGAACCGAGACUGGGAUGUUAAGAUUCAUGGUAGUCUUUUGCAGAUUUAUCCAGAAGGUCGAUCUGUAGUUGCUAAUAUUGAGCCAGUUUUUGAUAGACUGUUACUCUUUUGGUCAGACAGACGAAAUCCUCAUGAAGUGAAGCCUGCCUACUCUACAAGGUAUGCCAUCACAGCCUGGUAUUUUGAUGGAAAAGAAUGAGCAGAGGCCAAAGACAAGUAUUGUCUAGCUGCUGGGCAGAAAGGAGUUCAAGUCCCUGUAACUCAAACCAACUCAACCUAAUGAGCCACCAGAGAAGGUCAUCUCACGUGGAGUGGAGCUGUGGUACAUUAUGCUGCUAUUGAU